AUGGCAUGGGGCGACACUCCAGAGGCUGGCAGGGCCCCGUGGAGGCAGAGGCCAGCGCCGGUCGCCCGGGAGGCAGCGAUGGUGGCAGCAGCACUGGCAGCCGCGGUGGCCCCGGCGGUGGCCGCAGCUGUGAGAGCGGUUGCCGACGCUGCGACGGCGCCAAGGCCGAACGCCAGGCAGACGGCCAGGCUAGCGGUGCGGCCGUCGCAGGCGCCACCACUCCUGGCCAUCAAGGACAAAGAGGGGGAGGCGCAGCUCGAGGCGCUCACCAGGACGGCCGCUUGCCCCGCCCCCAGGCAACUGGAUGGGGCCGCCGCUGGCGCCGGCGCCGCUGGGAUGGCAGGGCGCGCGGCCGCCAAGUCCCCCGCAGGCGAGGCUCAGGUCGCGCAGUGCCAGGGCGCGUUCCAGGAGGCGCCGGAAGGUGAAGAAGGCGAUGAAGCAGCACGAGUCCUCGGAGCCGCUGGUGGUGGACUAGCCUACCUGGGGUGCUCUGUGCGCACCGAGUGGUACGACCUCGCUGACAGCGACGGCGAGGAGGAGGGCAACAACGUGGAUAGCUACGACUUCAAGGAGCAGUGCGAGCUGAAGGCCGAGGAUGGCGACGUCUUCAAGUCCGAGGUUCACCAGGUGGAGGAGACCACGAGGGAGUGCUACGAGCGCCAGCGCCAGGACCACGACUUCAGCGGAGUCCUGCUGGCCAACGCGGAGGUGUUCCUCAAGACCGAGGCAGUCCGGGAGCAGCGCUACGCGCAGUGGCGCCUGGGCAGUGACACCAGUGUGGGAGUGGUCGGGCAGAAAUGCGCGGAGUCGGAGGGCCUUCCCGAGAUUCCGCUCUUCCCGUCUCUGGAGGAGGUGCUGGACGACGAGCCAGCCAAGAACGAGACCCAGAAGACCCAGGAGUUGCGCGAUCUGCACAGCGUCGGCAUCGUCAACUUCCUGGCGCAAGUCGGGGAGCAGGAGGUGAGCAAGACCAUCCAGGAGCAGGGAGGGGGCUGCACGUGGGUGGAGCUCCUGAAUUGGGUGAAGAAGAACUUCGACAACGAGUUGCCAAGAGAUGUUCGGGAUCUCCGAGUUGGAACUUGA